CAAAAUUUCUUCUUUGCCAAAUAUGUCACUUCCCAAAUUUUUUUAAACAAAAACAUAUUUUUAAUUUUCACGCUACAUUUGACGACUUUUUGUAGCUUCUACUUUUUUUGAAGUUUUGCCUCCCUAGUAAUGAAAGGUACAACUGAUCAUGAAUGUAAUAAGAAACUUAUAAAAGUUGGCAACUAUGCAAUGACAGGACGUGUUCUUGGAAAAGGCCAUUUUGCACGAGUCCAAGAAGCAAAUCACAUCCAUCUUAAUGUCAAGGUAGCUGUAAAAAUUCUUACAUUUCGGGACGUUAAAGAUGAAUACAUCAUCAAAAAUAUGCGCCGAGAGGCAAAAAUCCUGUCAAAAGUUUCCCAUCCCAAUAUAAUAUAUCUUUUUGAGACCAUCACUACAACCAAACGAUACUACAUAAUCACGGAACUGGUUAAUGGUGGCGAUCUAUGUACCUUCAUCAUGUCCCAACGCAACGGAAAACUCGAAGAGAAGCAGACACGUCCAUUAGCCCGACAGAUUAUUUCCGCUGUAUCCCAUUUGCAUGAACGUGGAAUUGUCCACAGGGAUCUGAAAAUGGAAAACAUUCUGCUAGACAAUACAAAAGAAACUGUCAAAUUAGUCGACUUUGGUCUAAGCAACUAUCGUCGUGGUGAUGGGGAACUCCUUCAUACACAUUGUGGUUCACCAGAGUAUGCAGCACCGGAACUUUACAUCAGUGGUCAGCAAUAUGGUCCAGAAGUGGACAUCUGGAGCCUCGGUGUCAUAUUCUAUGGUAUGCUUGUGGGUAAACUACCCUUUCAAUCGUGGCACAAGCCUGGUCUUACACCGGAUGCAAAGCGAAAACAACUAAUCCGGGAGACAAAAAUUGGAUUAACUAACCGCCACCAAAAGAAUCUAAUGGACGUAUCCUUGUUGUUUCGAAAUUUGAUUGAGAGAAUGCUAUGCACGAAUCCUGCGGACAGAAUUACAAUGCUAAAUCUACAAGCUCAUGCCUGGAUCUAUGGUCGGUUUUGUCGGGAAUAUCCUCAGGUGGACGGUACUUGGAAGAGAAUGGCUGUGACACAAAUAGCAAAAAUUUGCGAUUUACCUCCGUCUGAUAUUUGUCGAACAAUCGAAACGAGACGAUAUUCACCGUUAGCUGGUAUAUACAACAUUUGCAAACUCCAUGAAUUGCAAAGGAAAAUUGAAUCGGAGACUCUCAGGGAUAAAGCUAAGGAAGCUCAGAGACCCAAAGUUCAUUAUCCAAACCCAAAACCCAAACCGAUCCCUAAACCACAACAAAAAGUUCAAAAAGCUCCUGAAAAUGUCCCAGUUCCUAUUACAGGUCCACCUAUUUUAAAGACUGGAGAGGGAGACCAAAUAAAACAAAAUAAUAAAACCCUUUGUUCGAAAGCAAUCAAAUCCCAUAAUCAAAGACCCAAAUCACCUUUCACCAUUGGUCCUUCUUCAACAACAACCAGGAGAGGUCGUUUUACAAUGGGCAUCGGAGCUGUAUUAAGUAAAAUGUUGCUCAAGAACAAACAACAACAAACAAAUCUACCACCUAAGCAGGAAAUCAGUAAAGAAAGAAAAACCAUAGACAGAAAAUUAAAAGGAAUUCCUAUGCAUACAGCUGCCAGAGCUGCUGCGAGAUUGGAGUUGGAGAAGAGACCCCGUUCAUAAGCAAUAAAUACAAAAAAAAACUAAUAUCGAGACUUAUAAUAAAUUAAUAAUACAAAACAUAUAUUCUUAACAUCUACUUAAAACAUAAAACAUAUAAAUCAACAAUAAAAUAUGAAUCAUUUUGUUUCUUAAUUA